AUGUUUUACCAAACACAUACUCCUAUCACUAUUAAACAGUAUGACAUCUUUCAGUGUAUUGGAAAAGGAAACUUUGGAGACGUCUACAAAGCCAAGUGUCUCACCAACGCACAAGAUGUGGCUAUAAAGGUGGUCAAUUUGGAUGAAUCGAAUGAAGAUGUCAAGGCUUUCACCCAGGAGAUUCAAUUUUUGUCCAGAUUGAGAAACCCCUACAUCACAUCUUACAUUGAGACGUUUGUCAAAGAUUUCAAUAUGUUCAUAGUGAUGGAAUAUUGUGGAGGUGGAUCUUGUUCUGAUUUGCUAAGAUACGCCAAGAAGCUUCCUGAAGAUAUAGUUGCCCUCAUUAUCAGAGACGUUUUAAAAGGAUUGGUUUAUCUUCAUAACGAGAAGAAAGUUCACAGAGAUAUCAAACUGGCUAACAUACUUCUUACAGAAUAUGGUGAGGUCAAGCUUGCAGAUUUUGGAGUUAGCGGAGAGAUCACAUUGACCAUGAAGAAGAGAAACACUUUUGUUGGAACUCCGUUUUGGAUGGCUCCUGAAGUAAUAACGAGAGGCAAGAGCAGCGACGAAGGUGGGUAUAACGAGAAAGCAGAUAUCUGGUCUACAGGAAUUACCACUAUUGAACUUGUUACCGGAUCUCCACCAUUGGCUCAAUACGACCCUAUGAAAAUCUUGUUUGACAUUCCUAAGAAAAGGCCACCAGUGCUUGUUGGAAUUAAUUUCAGCGACAACAUCAAGGAUUUUGUCAAGUACUGUUUGAUCAAAGAUCCAAAGGCACGACCAAGAGCCAAAGAUCUCCUUCACCACCAGUUUGUUUCAAGACUCACAGGACGAAACUCAUCAGUAAAGGCAAUGUUGGUGAAGAUGAUUAGAGACAAGAACAUGCAACUGCUAGCCACUGGAAAGGUCAAGAAACCAAAGUAUCCGCUUGAAAGAUUUGUCGAUAGUGACAGUGAAGAACAAAGCAGUGCUAAAGUUCAAUGGGACUUUGAAACAUUCAAAUCAGAAUUCCUUCGUCGCAGAAGUUCUACAACCAACAAGGAAGUGUACAAGAGGUACGGAGACAACUACUCAAGUUUGCAAGUAUCCGCUCUGUCUCCAUUAUCACCAAUCUCUCCUGAAUCUGCCGUGGGUGUGAAACCAGGACAGUUACUAUUUUACUGUGUAGAACAGGUUUAUCAUCGGGGAAGAACCGAAGCUACUCAGAGAACAGUGGAACAGCUUCUAGUCAAUCUUCUUGAGUAUGAGCACGAACUUCCCGGCUUGUGCGAGGCUAUAGUAGAGGAGCUAUCACAUGUACUUUGA